CAAGAAUUUUCUUCAAAGCUCAUGAACAAAGAUCGAAAGCUGUUAGUUGCAGGUUCCAUUGGUCCGUAUGGAGCAUGCCAAGCAGAUGGUUCAGAAUACACUGGUGCCUAUAUGUCUAAAGUUACUCCUUUAGAUCUCAUGGAGUGGCAUAGGCCUCGAAUGGAAGCCUUGAUCAGUUCUGGAGUUGACUUCUUGGCUAUUGAGACUAUCCCAGCACUGGAUGAAGCUGUAACAAUCCUACAUUUGCUUCAGGAUUUUCCAAAUACUAAAGCCUGGCUGAGUUUUUCGUGCAAGGAUGGGAGAAGCACUAACUAUGGAGACAGUUUUGAUGAAGCUGUCAAGAAAUGCUGUGCAAUAGCAGGAGAUCAGCUGGUAGCAGUUGGCAUAAACUGUAGUCCACCACAGUACAUUACCUCGCUCUUGAGCAAGGCAAACUUGAGUCUUCCUCCACCUUCUAUACUUCCCAGAGUUGUAUACCCUAACUCUGGAGAGUGGAUUCCUGGUCAAGGAUGGAGGUACGGUUCUGAAUGGUCUUGUGCUGACGACGUUAAAUCAUGGCUUACACUUGGAGCAACUGUGAUUGGUGGAUGCUGUGGACUUGGGCCUAGUGAUAUAAAAAAAAUUACCAAUGUUGUUGCCUCCUCUUAACACAAUGCAUUUAUUUGUUAAUAAAAAAAAAACUAUACUUGAAAUAUAUACUAUACAUAUUUUCAUAUUUAAAAAUCAAAGUAUACAAAAGCCAUUUAUAGGAAAGAUAAAUAAGAAAGUGAGGCUGGUAAUCACUUCUAUAUACUGUACAGUGACAAAAAAAAAAAAAAAAAAAUAUGGGGUUGGAGUGUGUACUUGCAGUAUGGAUUUCAGAAAGAACUAAUUUUUAAUGUAAUAAAA